AUGAACUGGCUGCUAUUCGCCUUAUGCCUACUGUGGCAUUCAGAGCUGGUUUUCUGCAAAGAUGUCUACUUGAAUUGGAAACUCACUUGGGUCAAUGCCGGACCCGAUGGUUUCCAACGUCCAGUGAUAGGCAUUAAUGGCGAAUGGCCGUGUCCUCAGGUCGACCUUCACCUCGGUGAUCGGCUGAUUGCAGAUGUGUAUAACGGACUUGGAAAUCAGUCGACCGGAAUUCAUUGGCAUGGGAUGCACCAGUUUGGUAGCCCCGAGAUGGAUGGUGCCAAUGGUGUAACACAGUGCCCUAUUGAACCAGGCCAACAUAUGCGUUACGACUUCCAGGUGAAUCAAACGGGGACUUUCUGGUAUCACUCUCACCAGAUGGGUCAGUAUCCCGACGGACUUCGCGGUCCCCUGAUAUUGCAUGAUACGAAACCUCUGCCAUUUCAAUAUGACGAAGAGAUUACCGUUACUGUGUCGGACUGGUAUCACAAGCAAAUGGGGGAGCUGGUAGAUGAGAUGGAAGAAGUUGGAGUAGAGCCUACCCCGGAUGCCAUAUUAUUCAACGAGGCAACCAACACAAGACUGAAAGUCGAUCCUGGAAAAACAUAUCUGAUUCGCCUCAUUUGCAUGGGGAACUGGGCUGGACAUUCAGUCACUUUCGAGGAUCACGAUAUUACGAUCGUUGAAGUUGACGGAGUUCUCACGAACCCGCAUUACUUGCCGCCGCAGCUCAUGCGAAUAGCCCCCGGUCAACGCAUGAGCGUACUUAUCACCACCAAAGAUGAUACAAGUAGGAACUACGGGAUCCUGGAUGCAAUGGAUAUCGUGGAAAUGUUUGUGCAUGAGAACCGAUCAAUCCCUGCCGGGUUUAAUCCCAAUGGGACAGCGUGGUUAGUAUAUGACGAGCAGAAGCCACUCCCUCCGGCUCCAACCAUCCACGUCACCGAUGCCAGCGUUGAUUUCUUCAAUGAUCUGAACCUCGUCUCAUAUGAGCCUAAACGACGGCUGGAGCCAGUUGACCGCCAGAUCAUUUUGAAUAUCUCCCAGGCGUCUCAGGGCAGGAUCGCCGCGUUUACAAUUAAUGACCAGGUAUACGAAGAGCCCACAGUCCCAACGCUCUACACUGCUAUGUUGGCAACUCCAGAGCAGGCACCGGACCCCUCGAUCUACGGUUCUACGAAUCCUUAUGUUGUUAAAUAUGGCGAGGUAGUUGAAAUCGUGAUUAACAACUUCCACAGCAAUCUACAUGCAUGGCACUUCCACGGCCAUACUCCCCAAAUUAUACAGCGUGGGACGACAUAUGGCGGCUACUUUGAAGGAUAUUUUCCCAACAUCUCGUCCACACCACUGCGUCGAGACACAAUAAUGGUGGAGCCUAAAUCUCACCUCGUGUUCAGGUUCCGUGCGAAGAAUAUUGAUAAGUGCUCCUUGCCUCCGUAUUCUGACUUGCUUCUACGCAUCUGGCUGUUGCAUUGCCACACAGAAUUCCACGUUGCCGCACACCUCACUGCCACCAUUAUCGAGGCCCCCGAAAGGCUUCACCAAUUCCGAGUACCGGAAGAUCAUUGGCGCAUUUGUCCUUCAUCUGUCCUAGGGGCUACUGGCAGCAUAGGAGCCCUGAACUAG